CCACACGUCUUCAACUACACUCAAAACUGCUGAGCGAGCGAACUACUUUUAACCCGGUCCCCACACCAAAACCGACGCUCUCGGUGGUAAUGAAACCCAGACAGGCAUCAACCAAGCAACAGCAAAUCCUGCUAUGCUCGCGCCGUGCUUCGAGGUCUUCUGCUUCCGCGCUGCUCGGGGAGGGGAGCGGGGAGCGGCGGCGCAGCCCGGGCUCGCCCCGCAGUCCCCGCGGCGGGCGGCAGGAAGGCGCUCGGCGGCCCGGGGAGGCUGCCUGGCUCCCUCCCUGCUUCCCGCCCUCGCCCGGCCGGGGGCCACACCAGCCCUUCUCGGCCGCCGACACGAGCAGGGGCGGCUCGCCCGGCCUGCUCGGCGGGCCCCAGACAAAGGAAGGAAGGAAGCGGGGACGAACCGGGGCAACGAGACGACUGCAGCCCGGCUCCCCCCGGGAGAGCGCGGCCGCCGCAUCCGUGUGCGCUCAGCCGGGGCCAGCUCCGGCGGCGGGCGAAGUGACCCGGAGGGCACCGAGCGAGGCCGGCGUACGAGAGGAAAGAGGGAGAAGCGGCGGCGGGAGGAGGAGAGAAGAGCGGGGCCGGUGGCUCACCAGGAUCCGCUUGAAGAGUCCCAGAAGUCAUAGUGGAAGAAGAGUGAGGUACAAUGGAAAUGGUGUCUGGAUCAUGGCAUCUCUAAUGGCACAUCAUUGUGGGUUCAGGCCUGGCGAAGAUUUCAGGGUGCUGUUUGCUGUGGCCCUUUUGAAGACUGGACCAGCUGCAGGAUUCGAAGGCGGAGGCUGCCUUUGCCGGCGGCAGCGGGGAGACGGGAAGCGCGUUUUCCCGCAGGCAUUCUGGGACUGGAGUGCGCGGGCUGCACUUCCCGUCUGCCAUGGCCCCGCGGCCCGGGCUGCGAUCCGUGCGGCGCCCGGGCGUGCGGACGGUGGUGGAAAAAUAAGAAACAAAAUGAAACCUUUCCAAAAGGUCUGUCUUUUCAAGAGCCUGCUUGCUAAUUGCUGCUGUCACAGCCAACUUGACAGCUGUCUUCUCUCUCCUGUUGCAAAGAAGAUAGGGUGCAUGGUGGGACUGCACAGCCAUGGAUUUUGGAGGCCAAAGCCUUUAUUGGACACAGCUCGAUUCACUCUCUCUUUGAACAGUCAGCACAGGAAAAAACAUCAGAAUUCUCAAGCUUUGUGGAAGCAUGAGGCUGUGCAGAAGUAUCUGGAGACUCUAAGCAAGGAAUACCAGCAGGUUAGUCGUCAGUUAACUGCAGACUCAUUAAAUGACUUUGAGCAAAGAACCCUGAGGAGAAGGUGUGCCGAUCUGUCCCCCAUUGCAGCUGCAUUUCAAGAAAUCAAAGAGGCUGAAAGAGAAGUUCAGGAGUUAGAAGCAAUGUGCACAGAGCUAGACAGCAGAGAUGAGAAACAACUUCUAGAGCUUGCCUUAGAAGAGAAGGAAAGCCUGGAUAAAAAAAUGAACAUGUUGUGCAGAAAGCUUUUCCAGCUUCUAGUGCCAAAGGAAAAAUAUGAUAGAAGUCCUGUCAUAUUAGAAGUGACAGCUGGCAGAACAACUGGAGGUCAGCAAAGCCCCUACAGUGAAGACUGCUUCCAACCUCCAUCCAACUCCAUUAAACCUCUUAUGGGGGACAUCUGCCAACAGUUCACUAAAGAAAUGUUUGAGAUGUACCAGAGCUAUGCCGACUACAAACAUUGGACCUUUGACAUAAUGAACUAUACGCCAGCUGAGAUAGGAGGCUUGCAUCAUGCUGCUGCUCAUAUUUCAGGAGAGAAUGUCUACAGGCAUCUGAAAUAUGAAGGAGGAACUCACCGAGUCCAGCGAAUCCCUGAGACAGGCAUGUCAUCAAGGAUGCAGCGUAUUCACACUGGGACAAUGUCAGUCAUUGUCCUCCCUCAGCCAGAGGAGGUUGAUGUUAAAGUGGAUCCCAAAGAUUUGCGUAUAGAUACGUUCAGAGCCAGAGGAGCAGGAGGGCAACAUGUUAACAAAACCGAUAGUGCUGUGAGGAUUGUGCAUCUUCCUACAGGACUGUCAGUUGAGUGCCAGCAGGAGCGGUCGCAGCAGAUGAACAAGGAAAUAGCUCUGCGGACACUGAGAGCUAAGCUGUACCAGCAGGUCAUUGAAAAGCAGCUCAGCCAAGAGCAGAGCGCCAGGAAGCUGCAGUUAGGAACAAGAGCUCAGUCAGAGAGAAUUCGUACUUACAACUUCACCCAGGACAGAGUCACUGACCACAGGAUCUCAUAUGAUGCACGCAAUAUCAAGGAAAUUCUAAGUGGGAAAGAAGCACUAGAUAAACUGAUCAACAGACUGCUGGAGUUUGCAGAGAUAGAGGCUGUCACCCAAUAUCUAGAAAAUUUGCAGACUUUAGAAGGAGGAGGCUGAAGAGCUCAGGUAGAAUUAAAACAGAAUUGUUGUGUUUCAUAGCCAAAUAAAACAGAUGUGUUUGUUAGAUGAUAUGUUGAUUAAAAGCUAUUUUUCUGUUUUUCA